AUGUCAGCAGUAGUAGAGCUCUAUUCACGCUUAGUACACAAAGAUCCGACAAAGUACAAAGGUCGUCUUGGUUAUGCCUGUAUAAAUACCGUAUUGAGAAAGCAGAAAGUACCGGUUUUUUGUUCACGUACUUGUCGUAUAGACACCCUUAAGCAAAAGGGAAUAGAAUAUGUCAAGGAUCUUGCCUUGCAGAACGUAAAGGAUUUGAAAACAUUGAUUGAAUGGAAUAAUGAGAAUAAAAUAACGUUUAUGCGCAUGUCAAGUGACAUAUUUCCAUUUGCAAGCCACGACGACUACGGCUAUUCUUUAGAGUAUGCUAAAGAUAACCUCGAGGAGAUUGGGAAAUUGGCCCAUAAAUACAAUCAUCGACUGACAACUCACCCAGGACAGUAUAACCAGCUAGGGUCACCAACACCAAAGGUUGUUUUGCGUACCAUCAAGGAUCUAAACUAUCAUGCAGAUAUGAUGGAUUACAUGGGGCUGCCACCAGAUUCAAUUAUGAUUAUGCAAGUACUAUCUCAUAUGGGUGGAGUUUACGGGGAUAAAUGUGCAGCAAUGGCACGUUUUGAAAAAGUCUACAAUGAUCUUCCUGAAAAUAUCAAACGGCGCCUGGUACUAGAAAACGACGAAAUGUGUUAUUCUGUCUCAGAUCUUCUUCCACUUUGCCAAAGGCUUAACAUUCCUCUAGUACUUGACUGGCAUCAUCACAGUAUCAAUCCUGGCGAGGUUACAGAUUUAGUAAGCCUGGUACCAUCUAUCAAUGAGACAUGGACCAGGAGAGGAUUAAAGCCAAAGCAACAUUACUCAGAAUCAAGGAAAGGCGCUUCAUCCAUGAUGGAAAGACGUGCUCACAGUGAUAGUGUAAAGAAUUUGCCACCAACAGGAGAUGAUGUUGAUUUGAUGAUUGAAGCCAAAGACAAGGAGCAAGCCGUCCUUCAACUCUAUAAAGAUUAUAAUUUGUGCGAUGUAAAAGACGAAUCAUUUGUACCUUACCACGGAAACGAGACCAUGGAAACAAAAGGAAGAAAGAGCAAUAAGAAAGUCAAGGAGGAAGCCAAAAUCAAAGUCGAAUCAAAGAUAAAGGAAGAAGACGAGGACUUCAAACAAGGAUUAUCACAUACUUUUGAUACAAAAGAAACUAUUCCUCAUAUCCGUACAAGGCUCCAAGCACGUUUAGAAAAUUCAGAGACUAAGGAGGUCAAAAAAGAGGCUAAUGCAGAUGAGCUAGUAGUAUCAAAAAAAAGAAAAACAAAGUCAAAGCUUUGGUUAAAGCAAACUCUUUAUUAUCAACAAAUGCAGAAACAAAUUCAGAUACGAACAACCUCGAUAACCCUUCUCACACGAGCGACAGCCCUGUGUCAUAAAUGGGCUCAGUACCAGACAACAUCACGAGCCCUUUUAGGAUCACUUGGGAACAUUCUUGCACAACGUCUUGCAAGUCAAGAUCAAUACAGCAGAGUAGUGGACAUGGGAGCGGAUCCAAUACGAUUGUUUUAUAAGCAAACCAUUGCCAUGGAGGACACAAUGAUCCAAAUUCAUCAAAUAAUGAAUGAUUUUUCAGACGUAAUUCAAGAUUGGCAGAGAUUAGAAGCCGAUGCAACAAAACAUUUUCAAAAGUACAUUUCCACACUAUCAACAUUUGGAGACAAACGUGUACCAUUAUCGAAUGAAGCCUUGAUCCAAGUAGCAGCCAUAAAGCCGGAAGAAAUUCAUAGCAACAUUGUAAACCUACAUUCAAUGUAUUUGACUGAAUACAAUUACAAACAAGUUUUGCUGGAUACACUGCCUAUGCACACAAGCAGAACCGAACUCUUGGACCAACUGACAGAUCGAUGGGCAAGACAGUCACAUAUACAGUUAGAUAUUCCACAAGAGAUGGAAGAGCGUCUUAAACUAUACAAGACCACCAAAAAGACAGUCGAAUCUGUAGAUUAACAAGAACAAAAACAAACAAGAAAACAAACAAAAAAACUCAAGAUAUAAAACAAAGAAACG